UAGUAAAAACCGAGUUAGCGACGGGAGAGAGGAGUGGGGCUUGGCGAAACCGCUCAACCCACAGAAUGGGCGAAUUGUAACAUAUUAACACUAGAGUGUCACUAUUUUCACGACAAACAAAACGCGGUGGAAAUUCUACAACGAUUAUUUUACAAGAUUCAGUAGCUAUGUCGGCAACAUUGUCGCGCGGCUCGCUCCAACCGGGCCAGCAAAAGCUGGCGGAGAAAUUUACCAUUCUGAAUGACAGGGGCAUCGGGAUGCUCACUCGAGUCUAUAAUAUCAAGAAGCAAGGACAAGUUUGGAAGGCAUGUGGUGACCCCAAAGCCAAACCAUCCUAUCUAAUAGACAAGAACCUGGAGUCUGCUGUCAAGUUCAUUGUCAGAAAAUUCCCAGCGGUUGAAACACGCAACAACAAUCAACAGCUUGCACAACUACAAAAAGAGAAGUCUGAAAUCCUUAAGAAUCUAGCGUUGUAUUACUUCACAUUCGUAGAUGUGAUGGAGUUUAAGGACCAUGUCUGUGAGCUGCUGAAUACUAUCGAUGCUUGCCAAGUAUUCUUUGAUAUUACUGUAAACUUUGACCUGACCAAAAACUACCUUGACUUGGUAGUGACCUACACUAACCUAAUGAUGCUACUGUCGCGGAUUGAAGAGAGGAAAGCUAUCAUUGGCCUCUACAACUAUGCCCACGAAAUGACACAUGGAUCAAGUGAUCGAGAGUACCCUAGGCUGGGACAGAUGAUCGUUGACUACGAGAACCCACUGAAAAAGAUGAUGGAGGAGUUUGUUCCACAUGGGAAGUCGUUGUCAGACGCCCUGCUCUCCCUCCAGAUGGUGUACCCCAGACGAAACCUGUCUGCUGACCAGUGGAGGAACGCGCAGCUACUCAGUCUCAUCAGUGCUCCUAGCACCAUGCUCAACCCAGCCCAGUCAGACACAAUGCCCUGUGAAUACUUGUCCCUGGACGCAAUGGAGAAGUGGAUAGUAUUUGGCUUCAUCCUGUGUCAUGGGGUCCUGAACAGUGACCAGGCAGCUCUGAGCCUGUGGAAGCUGGCUCUUCAGAGCAGCACCUGCCUCUGUCUCUUCAGAGACGAGGUGUUCCACAUCCACAAGGCUGCUGAGGACCUCUUCAUCAACAUCCGCGGUUACAAUAAGCGUGUGAAUGACAUCAAAGAGUGCAAAGAACAAGCGCUGUCACAUGCAGGCUUGAUGCACAGAGAAAGACGCAAGUUCCUGAGAUCUGCCCUGAAGGAGCUGGCCACAGUCCUAUCUGACCAGCCAGGAUUACUGGGGCCUAAAGCCCUGUUUGUAUUCAUGGCUCUGUCGUUCGCUCGGGAUGAGAUCAUUUGGCUGCUACGACAUGCAGACAACAUCCAGAAGAAGAGCACAGACGACUUUAUUGACAAGCACAUUGCAGAGCUGAUCUUCUACAUGGAGGAGCUGAGGGCCCAUGUGAGGAAGUAUGGUCCUGUCAUGCAGAGGUACUACGUCCAGUACCUGUCUGGCUUCGAUGCCGUGGUGCUCAACGAGCUAGUACAGAAUCUGUCCGUCUGUCCUGAGGAUGAGUCCAUUAUCAUGUCCUCCUUCGUCAACACCAUGACCUCCCUCGGCGUCAAACAAGGUGUUACAGUGGAAGACGGGGACGUGUUUGAUUUCAGGGGCAUGAGGCUGGACUGGUUCAGAUUGCAGGCCUAUACCAGCGUGUCCAAGGCUUCUCUGGGCAUCGCAGACCACCGUGAGCUGGGCAAGAUGAUGAAUACCAUUAUAUUCCACACCAAGAUGGUGGAUUCCCUGGUGGAGAUGCUGGUGGAGACAUCUGACCUCUCCAUAUUCUGCUUUUACAGUCGUGCAUUUGAGAAGAUGUUCCAGCAGUGUUUGGAGCUACCCUCCCAGUCUCGUCACUCCAUCUCCUUCCCUCUGCUCUGUACCCACUUCAUGAGCUGCACCCAUGAGCUCUGUCCUGAGGAGAGGCACCACAUAGGCGACCGUAGCUUGUCCCUGUGCAACAUGUUUCUGGAUGAGAUGGCUAAACAGGCCCGCAACCUGAUCACAGACAUCUGCACCGAGCAAUGCACGCUCAGCGACCAGCUGCUGCCAAAACAUUGUGCCAAAACCAUCAGUCAGGCGGUGAACAAGAAGUCAAAGAAGCAGACUGGGAAGAAAGGCGAGCCUGAGAGAGAGAAGCCUGGAGUAGAGAGCAUGAGGAAGAACAGGCUGCUGGUCACCAACCUGGAUAAGCUUCACACAGCGCUAUCUGAGCUGUGUUUCUCCAUCAACUACGUACCCAACAUGGUGAUAUGGGAACACACCUUCACUCCCAGGGAGUACCUCACCUCACACCUAGAGAUACGCUUCACCAAGUCUAUCGUGGGGAUGACCAUGUAUAACCAGGCCACCCAGGAGAUAGCCAAGCCGUCUGAGCUGCUGACCAGUGUCAGGGCCUACAUGACUGUGCUCCAGAGCAUAGAGAACUAUGUUCAGAUAGAUAUCACCAGGGUGUUCAACAACGUGCUGCUGCAGCAGACACAACAUCUGGACAGUCACGGAGAACCAACCAUCACCAGCCUCUACACCAACUGGUAUCUGGAGACCUUACUGCGCCAAGUGAGUAACGGACACAUAGCUUACUUCCCAGCCAUGAAGGCUUUUGUCAACCUGCCUACGGAGAACGAGCUCACCUUCAAUGCAGAGGAAUACUCUGAUAUCUCAGAGAUGCGGUCACUGUCAGAGCUGCUGGGGCCCUACGGGAUGAAGUUCCUCAGUGAGAGUCUCAUGUGGCAUAUCUCCUCCCAGGUGGCUGAGCUCAAGAAACUGGUGAUGGACAACGUUGAGGUUUUGACCCAGAUGAGGACCAGCUUUGACAAGCCUGGAGAAAUGGCUGCUCUGUUCAAGAAGCUCUCAUCAGUCGACAGUGUUCUGAAAAGGAUGACCAUUAUCGGCGUCAUCCUCUCAUUCCGAUCCCUGGCUCAGGAGGCACUCCGAGAUGUGUUGUCAUGCCACAUCCCAUUCCUGGUGAGCUCAGUGGAGGACUUCAAGGAUCACAUUCCUAGAGAGACCGACAUGAAGGUGGCCAUGAACGUGUAUGAGCUGUCCUCUGCAGCAGGCCUGCCCUGUGAGAUAGACCCUGCCUUAGUGGUGGCCCUCUCCUCCCAGAAGUCAGAGAACAUCAGUCCUGAGGAGGAGUACAAGAUAGCGUGCCUGCUGAUGGUCUUUGUGGCAGUCUCUAUGCCCACCUUGGCAAGCAACGUCAUGUCCCAGUAUAGCCCUGCUAUUGAAGGUCACUGCAACAACAUCCACUGUCUGGCUAAAGCUAUAAAUCAGAUCGCUGCAGCUUUAUUCACCAUUCACAAGGGCAGCAUCGAGGACCGCCUCAAAGAGUUCCUCGCACUUGCCUCCUCCAGUUUGCUGAAGAUCGGCCAGGAGACUGACAAAACCACAACAAGGAACAGAGAAUCUGUCUACUUGCUCCUGGAUAUGAUUGUGCAGGAGUCCCCGUUCCUGACCAUGGACCUUCUGGAGUCCUGCUUCCCAUAUGUGCUGCUCCGUAACGCAUACCACGCCGUCUACAAGCAGAGUGUGCCUUCCUCCACCUGAGAGCCCUGAGAGGAGGUGAAAAGAGGGUAGAGGAGAGAGGAGGGUAGAGGAGAGAGGAGGGUAGAGGAGAGAGGAG